AUGGUUGUCUUCAAAAAGACAGCAGCUGGAAUUGUGACGGUUGUUUUCCUGGUGCUGAGGACUCCCAUGGCUCACGGCAGAGGUGCUCCAAAGAACUUUGUGUACCUGUUUAAAAGCAUGUGCUACUUCACCAAUGGGACGGAGCACGUGAGGCUGGUGGUCAGACAAAUCUACAACAAGGAAGAGAUCCUGCACUUUGACAGCGACCUGGGCGAGUUUGUGGCUGUAUCAGAGCUAGGGAGGUCAUGGGCUAAGAGCUGGAACAGCCAGAAGGACCUCUUGGCGGUGUUUCGGGCCCACGUGGACACGCUGUGCAGGCACGACUACCAGGGGACCACUGGCUUCACCGUUCAGUGGAGAGUGGAACCCACAGUGACCAUCUCCACAUCCAGGACAGAGGCUCUAAACCAGCACAACCUGCUGGUCUGCUCAGUGACAGAUUUCUACCCAAGUCAGAUCAAAGUUCGGUGGUUCCGGAAUGAUCAGGAGGAGACAGCCGGCGUCGUGUCCACCCCUCUUAUCAGGAAUGGGGACUGGACCUACCAGAUCCUUGUGAUGCUGGAAAUGACUCCCCAGCAGGGAGAUGUCUACACCUGCCGCGUGGAGCACCCCAGCCUCCAGAGCCCCGUGACAGUGGAGUGGCGGGCACAGUCUGAAUCCGCUCAGAGCAAGAUGCUGAGUGGAAUCGGGGGCUUCGUUCUGGGUCUGCUCUUCCUCGGGGUGGGGCUGUUCAUCUACUUCAGGAACCAGAAAGGACACUCUGGACUUCAACCUACAGCAACUUUCAUGCAUCAGUUUAAGGGAGAGUGUCGUUUCUUCAACGGCUUGGAGCGGGUGCAGUUCUUGGCCAGAUACAUCUAUAAUACGGAGGAGGAUGUGUACUUCGACAGCGACGUGGGGGAGUUCAGGGCAGUGACUGAGCUGGGGCAGCCGGACGCCAAGUACUGGAACCAGCAGAAGGACUUCAUGGAGCAGAUGCGGGCCAAGGUGGACACGCUGUGCAGAUCAAACUAUUGGGGAAUAGGCAGCUUCAUGGUGCAGCGGCGAGUGGAGCCCACGGUGACCGUGUAUCCUGCGAAGCCCCAGCCCCUGCAGCACCACAGCCUCCUGGUCUGCUCUGUGACGGGCUUCUAUCCAGGAGAGGCCAGCUAUUCUAGUUCUUCCAGGGCAGCCCUCUUCCCCCAUUCUCAAAGCUCUCGAUCUCAGUCUCAAUUAAGGAGGUUUGGAUUUGGGGUAAAAAAUCACUAA